UCACGCUCUCAUGGGGCCAGCCAAAGCUAUGCCGCAACAAGCGCCUAGUGAGUUCAGGCAAUGGAUGCUAACAAGGCUGGCAUGGGCGCUGGCACUGGUGACCCGAUGGAGGGGCAGCGGGGCAUCAGCAGCGUCACGCCGCAGUACUCGCAUCAACAGCCGUGUGCGUGCCGGACACCCGCUAUCGGCGUGGAGCUGGGCGUCGGGCAGCAAAUCGAUAGCCUCGCUUGCUCCAAAUGGUGGGCCCGCAUCGCCUUGGCUCUGCGCUCUUGGCUUCGAGAAUGA